AUGAAUCCUUUGCUUCAGACAGCAAUUACUUUUGUAUCACUUCUUGUUUCAAUCGUAACUACUGAUGUUUGUACGGGUAACAUUUGUACAUGUUCGAAAGAUUUCACACUCGUUAACUGCGAUUCGAAACCCUGGCUUAGCCUAAGUAACGUGGAAUUUCCUUCACAAGUUGUUACAUUAACCUUAAUCAAUGAUAAACUCAAUCUUGAUUCCAGCACUGAUCGUUCGAAGAUUGAAAAUCUUCCUCGUUUACUUGAACUGAGCCUUAAUCAAAAUCCAUUGGGAAACAUUCCACCAUUUAAUAGCUCGCGUAUUCAAUCACUUUCGUUAGAUGACACCUCUUUGACAUCAGCACGUUUUCCUCCAUCGUAUUCGAAUUCUAUUCUACAGAAACUGAAUCUCAACGACAACAAAAUUCGUUCGAUCCAAUCAGACGACUUUCAAGCUUUGGGAAAUGCGAAACUUAAAAGUUUACGUAUCGAUAAUGCUGCGUUAACUACAAUCGAUCAAAAUGCAUUUGCGCCAUUAAUUCAACUUCAAUCUUUGUCACUGCGGAAUAAUCAGUUAAAAUCUUGCGAGUUUCUAUCAACUCUUCGUGUUCUCUCUUCAAUCAAACUGGACGGAAAUCUUUUCACUUCACUUCCACCUCAAUUAAUUACACAAUCUUCCAUAAAAUCUUUCUCGUUUACGAAUAAUCGUAUAUCAAUUAUUGAUGAAUCAUCACCACUGUUUACCUGGCAGAAAAAGAAUCUGACCAAUAUUCACGUAUUUCUAGCAAACAAUUCGUUUGAUUGUUGCCAGUCCUUAUGGUUCAUUCGAUUUUUAAAAACAUCCGCACAUUUGGUUCAGGAUGCACAAAUAUUAACCUGUGCUACUCCAUCAGUUUAUGCCGGACAGAAUUUAAGCGCACUCAAUCCUGAUGCGAUGAAUUGCGGAGGUAGUCAACCAAAGAAAUGGUCGUGGACCGUCGAACGUAUUGUUGCCGUUUCUCUUGGAGGAUCAUUCAUAGUUUUAGUCGUUGCUGGUACUAUCGUGCUUUUCGUUCGUGGACGCCGAACUCGCACAGGCUAUACAGAAAUCGGAGGAGUGAAUGACCCUUUACCAAAUGCGCCUGAGAUGCCAACUGAACAAUCUUCUUUUCCACCUUAUGGAGAAGAUAAUGAUGAUGGUGUGUCAACAUAUUCCACGGCACCGUCAGCGCUCACAGAUGCUUCACAAGCACGAUCAUUGAGCACCGCUGUUGGUGUAUCCGUCCGUGAUGAAAAAAUCGUAUAA